AUGGUCACUACCAACUUGAAUGCAUGGCCUGCCUGCCGCCCCGUCCAUGCUUCUCGUCUCAAAUUUAAGUUUGCAGCAGAUCCCAAAGUCGUCUCUCGAGCUGAUUCGGUGGAUCUUCUCGCACACAAAGUAUUCACGGAUUAUAUGGGCUGGGCAGACUCGGAAAAAGACCGCUUUGCACCGAUGUCAGUUUCACCCACAGUCAGUUUUCUGCAUUAUUCUACAUCAUGCUUCGAAAUGAUGAAAGUCGAUAGGAAGCUUCGCCUCUUCCGGUCAGAAUAUAACUGCCUCAUCAAGAAACCUUGUGAGGUCGAAUGUUCGAAAUGGCUUUCAAAGUCCUGCCAUGGCGAGUUUCUGCGUAUACGUCCGACUCUGAUUGGAACCGAUGCAAGUCUAGGAUUCCAAGUGCCUAGCGAGGUGUUGUUGGUUAUGCUUGUGUCAUAUUGGCCAGCUCCUACCGGACCACCUAAGGGCCUCCGUCUACUCUGCAGUGGCAAGGACGCAGUCCGUUCAUGGCCGGGGGAGACGGGAUCCGCCAAGGUAAGCGGUAACUACGCCCCUUCAUUGCUCGUCCAAGGCGAAGCCAAAAGACGCGGGUGUGACCUGGUUCUAUGGCUGUUUGAGCCGGAGGGGUACAUCAGCGAGACUGGCUCGGCUAACUUCUUUGUCAUUUGGCGAGCUCCCCAAGGCGAACUCCAGCUUGUCACUGCCCCCUUGAGUGGUCAUCUUAUUCUUGGUGGUGUGACACGUCGGAGUGUGUUGGAUCUUGCGAGGGAAAGGGUGGGUGAAAAGGCAGGCUCUAGCUCUGAGUGCGAAAAAUUGGAGGUGGUUGAGAAGUGCUUUACUGUCAUCGAUCUUGUCGAGGCAUCCAAAUGUGGGGGCCUGGUUGACGCCUUUUUCGUCGGUACAGCAUGUUUCAUGCAGCCAGUCGUCCACAUUAUGGAGAAAGCCCCUCAUGUUUCCAUAAUACGCAGCCGGAUAAAAGAUAUUAUGUUCGGUCACGAGGAUAAUGCCUGGGCAGAUGAGAUUACGGAGGAGCAAAGAGAUAAUAACAGAGGAAAAGAUUGA